AUGGCUGAUAUCCUCGACUCACGCCUCAAGGUCUUCAACAACCACUCCGAAGCCCUUGACCGUAUGGCCAAGAGUCUAGGUCGCAACUACACAAUGUUCCAGCUCGAGUUUUACCAGCUUCUACGGUUCGCCUUCUCCGAUAGGACUAUACAGCGGAUGAAGACGGACCAGGGUUGCAAGGAGUGGAAGGAGUGCGAGGUGUACGAGGCACGAAUGCGGAGGGGUCUUGGGGGCAGCUACAAGUCCUGCAAGAUCUUGGUGGACGAUAUUGCGGCUGCCCUGAACAGCUUCGCCGUGAAGCUAAACACGUGUGUGACAGGGGAAGAGGAAGACCAGUCCAACAAGGGAAGCGAGACAAUGACCAAGUUCCUGCUACGCUGCCGAGUGACGCUGCUCGCUCCAGCGCUCGAGGGCAUCAACAGCCGGCUCCGUGAGCUUCUGCAGGACCUGACGUCUCUGGGGGAGAAGAUGGAGGCACUCAGCAGAGCUCAUCCGUCGGGUGGCGCUCUGCGACUGCUCUCGUAG